GGGCGCAUCUUUGGUACAUUACCCACUGAGAAGUGAAAACAGAAAAUGGGCAAGGACAGAGACAAACAUCCCGAAAACGAAAACGGAGCCCCUUCUUCCAAACGCGACCACCGUAAAUCCAAAUCGUCUGAUUCGGAACCCGACCCUGAUUCCGACUCUGAUUCCGAUGAGCAAUCCAGAAAAUCCCUAGGUAGCAGAAAGCGGACCAAGAACAACAAGAGUAAAAGGAGAAGACGCUCGAGGGACAGCGCCUCUUAUUCAUCUUCGUCUGAGGACGAUGACCACUCUUACGAUUCUGAUUCGGAGUCGGAUUAUUCGGAGCAGUCGGAUUCCGAGGAGGAGAGGAGGCGGCGGAGGAAAGAGAGGAGGAGGAGGGAGGAGAAGAAGGAAAGGCGGAGAAGGGAGAAAGAGAAGGACAAAAAGAGGAAAAGAAAAGAAGAGGAGAAGAAAAGGAGAAAGAAGAAGGAUAAGAAGAAGGGGAAAGAUAAGGGGAAGAAAGGUGCUGUCACUAGUUCGUGGGGGAAGUAUGGGAUUAUCAGAGAAACUGAUAUGUGGAAUAAAAGACCCGAAUUUACUGCAUGGCUAGCUGAAGUGAAAAAGGUGAACAUGGAAAGUUUGGCUAAUUGGGAAGAGAAGCAGCUAUUUAAAGACUUUAUGGAAGACCAUAACACAGCUACCUUUCCAUCCAAAAAAUAUUACAACCUUGAUGCUUAUUAUCAACGUAAAAUGGAAAAGGAAAUGAAAAAGGGAUUCACUAAAGUAGUCGAGUCAGAGCGUACUGUAUUUAAUGAUGAAGAACAACGAAGGCAAGAACUACAGCUAGAGCGUGAAAGGCAAAAGGAACAACAAAUAGAAGAAUUGAAGCGUUCCAUGCAGAGCGGAAUGGCUCAAGCAAUGAAAGAGCAAGCUCAACUCAGAGAAGAGAUGGCUUACCAGUACAAGCUUGGUAACUUUGAGGCGGCAGCUGCUAUCCAGAGAAGGUUGGAUCCAGAUAUUGCUAUGUAAGAAGUUAAGCAGCGCUCCCGGGUAAUUAAUUACUAGUCUAUGAAUCCUCAAAUAUAUGCUUUUUUUUUUUUUAUUUCUUUUAACUGGUAAGAGAGAAGACGAAAGUAGCCUUUGGAUCCAGAUGUAUUGCCGCUCAUACUGCACUUUUUCCAGGAACGACUCGUGUUUAUCCGGCUUAGUAACUUUUCUGUCCUGUAUCUUUUAUCAUCAAACAGAUGCUUCUCAUAUGAAUUUCUGUUUUUGGAGCCUUAAUUUUGUAUGGAUUCCUGUAGAAUAUCAGAGUAUAAACAAUGAAAGGGCUGUUAUGUGUAGGGUUUAAUAGCCCCUGGAGUUAA